AUGUCUAGCCGAGUCGGUGAUGACGUGGUUGAUUCGGUGUGGGAGUCGCACAGAGACACCAUUCGCACCUUCUACCUGAUUCAAGAUCACAGUCUUGAGGAGCUCAUGAGGGAAAUGGCCUCGAAAUAUGGCUUUCGUGCCAGCAAAGCCCAAUUUGAGGCCCACCUCAAUAAAAAAUGGGAAUUUCGAAAGAACUUGACCAAAGACGAAUGGAAGGUAGUCACACACAAGAUCCAAAAACGGAAACGAGACAACAAGGAUAGCGAAGUGUGCAGUGAUGGAUUUCCUAUGAAGGCCAAAAAGGUCAAGAAAGCAAUCACCAGAUACCGAUCGCGUUCGGUACUGGACUUUGACGGUAUCUGGUCCUCCGUUUCCAUCAUGUUGACGCCGCUCACCGUGACAACAGCACCAUCACCACGAACACCAGAGGGAAUCACGAUCCAAACCCCGAUACUUGCGCCGGCAGCAUUAACCUCAGCUUCACCAAAAACGGCUUCCUUCAUACCAAUACCCACGACUUACGUAUCUUUAUUGACGAGCUCUCUUCCUUUCGCACAUUUCAAUCACAGAAUCAAUCUUGAAGUAUCCCGCCUGGGCCGGUCUCUAGAGAAUGCGGCUGACUCUGAACUCGCAGAAAACCCCUACGCAAGCAGUCCCAGAGGUGACGGUGUAGUGUCUUCUUCCAGCCUCCAAGAUCUCGAAUCGAGCAUUGUUGGCCGCUUCAACAACGAGGCAGACGGAGACGAACAGUCCAAAUCAUUCCGUCAAAACCUCAAGGCACUGAUACCCGACGAAAUACUCUGUGGCCAACCUAGCAAGCUGGAUGUGGCAAUGCCACCACCACCGGCAGUGAACUUUUUGAACCUCGCUCUGUUCAUGAUCUCGAAUAACUUGGUUGAGACGGACUCGAAGACUAGCAGUAAGAUCUACAAUUGGAUUAAGCGCCGGUCGCAAGAAGCCGGUCUUUUCGAAAAUCUCAUGUCUGUUGGCGGACCGACCAUAGAAGCACUCAGGGAAAACAUAUUCGCCCUUGCAAUCGAAGAGCGGAACGCUCCGAUGGUCGAAGCCAUACUGCGGUCUGGUCUUGAUCUCAAUCAAUCGCGAAUCCCUGUGCUAUUUAGGCUCUCACUCACGCCACUUCAACGUGCAUGCGAAUUAGGCAGCCUCGACCUCGUGCAGAUUUUGCUAGAUGCUGGGGCAGAUAUCCAAAGCGCGGGAUCGAACUCUAAAUCGCCUUUGACCUCUGCUAUUAGAUCUCUGGGUGAAGAAUACGAUACUUUUUAUGAUGAUGAUCUCGAGAAUGUGGACAUCGGUCUGGUACAACUUCUGCUCGACGCGCACGCAAAUGUCAAUCCAGGUUCGGAUGAAUCCCCACUGUUUGAGGCUGCAAGAAGUUGUCUUCCACGACUGGUCGGAAUCCUUCUUUCUGCUGGUGCCGAUCCAAAUUUUGCCUAUCCUGUUACUGGGUCUACUCCAAUUUUCCAAGCAGUACGCAACAAAGGAGCACCUGUCUCCAACGUGAUUACUGUUGUUCGCCAUCUGCUUCGAGCUGGCGCAAAUGUGCAUGUCACAGCUCAAUAUGACUACGAGGAACCGCUCAACCUACUAGGAGCUGCGUUGGGCCGUUGCAAUGUCGAUUUGAUUCAACUAUUGCUAGAGGCCGAUGCGCCAUGCACCGAAGAAAAUUUGCUUUCUGCUGUCGGGACAGGCAAAUUGCAGAUCAUCAAGCUCCUCAGUACCAAAGCUCGAAUCACAACUAAAAUGAUUCAAAUAGCUGCGGGCAAAACCAGGUCUGAGAUCUUUUGGCUCCUGUGGGACCUUGCAGACAAUAACACAAGAGAAAGCAGCCGCGGUGGGGCGUUCGUUGCAGCUAUACACCGUGGAAAUCAGGAGCUGAUCAACGCCCUUUCUACAUGUGGGGUUGAGCUUGCAAAUGCAUCGGGUUUAACUGCAGCGAUUGAAGCCGCUGCUGGAAGGGGAGACAUCGCAGUGCUUCGCUUACUUCUCAGCGACAAUUCAGCCUUCCAGGCUAUCGCAGUACAUUAUCUUGGGACGUCUCUACGCUGCGCGAUAGCUCAGAGUCGGGACGACGUCAUCGGGAUGCUUCUUGCGGCCGGUGCAGAUGUUAACGCCAAGGAUCAGAAGACAAGCGCCACUGCUCUCUUGGAAUCAAUACGUCGAGGAGCUAUUGAUCUGUCACGACGGCUGUUGGCCGCUGGGGCGGAAGUAAACAUGACAGCUGCUGAAAUUUGCGAAUGCUCCUGGCCUCGAAGUUAUGUUGUUUCCGUGCUACCAGCAGCAGUGUCAUUGGGGUACCAUCCCCUAAUCCAAGAGAUAAUCGAGAUCGGAGCUGAUGUUGACACGCCAGGGCCAGGCACAGACAAGCCAGCACUUACUGUGGCAGUUGAGAAGCGUGAUCUGACGAGCGUUCAAAUCUUAAUUGAUGCAGGCGCCGAUGUCAACACUCCCGCCGGUCGUUAUUCCGGACAAACGGCGCUUGCGGCUGCUGUUCGCAACGAAGAUGUUGACACCGUUCACUAUCUCCUGAGGUUAGGCGCGGAACCCGAUGAUUGGUCCUUGAUUCCCGCUGUCUGGGGGGGUCCAGCUCUUAUGCAACUGCUUCUGACAGCCAAGUUCCAGCGAUUCCAAUACUAUUCGUGUGGGUUUGGUUGUCGGGCACUGCAGCAAGCUAUCAAAUCGGCGGACGCUGCCAUGGUUGAAUUACUAUUAUCAAAUGGUAUAAACCCAAGCACAAUCGUAAGACCUCAGCGCAGACAGCAAUCUUAUAGUGCAGGAGGGGCAGAGGACAACGAAUCUGCAUUUGGAACUGCAAUCAGGCUUGACAAGAGCAUGGAUCUAUGGAUGGUUCGCAAGCUCUUGAAUGGGGGCGUGGAUCCCAACAAAAGAAUAAGUGACAAAGCCAAUGGGACCGCUCUGCUGCAGGCCAUUCGGCGGAAGAGUUUCAAACUGGCCGAAAUGCUAGUAACCGCAGGAGCCGAGGUGAAUACGAAGGCAGUUGGGAGGCUUUCACGAACACCUUUGCAGCUGGCUGCCGAGCAGGGUUGUUUGGACAUUGUUGAAUUUAUACUGCAGAAAGGCGCGGAUGUGAAUUCACCCCCAUGCGAUCAGUCCGGAGCAACCGCACUUCAACUGGCAGCUUGCAAGGGGGAUCUCGGCAUUGCCUGUCUGCUGCUCAACAAGGGAGCCGAGAUCGACGCUUUACCCGCAAAGGUCGAUGGGAAAACAGCCCUCGAGGGGGCGUCUGAGUAUGGUCGGAUUGAUAUGGUGCAACUUCUUCUGAAUGCGGGAGCGCAGGUUGUAGGCCCAGGAAGCCAACAAUAUGAGCGGGCUCGGCAACUUGCGUCAUCCAACGGCCAUAUAGCUGUUCGACGCCUUCUGGAAGCAAACCAUGCUCAACAGCUGAAUGCGCUCUCGGACUUGAUUGCGACGGAUGGAUGUCGAGAAUUCUGA